GUCACGUCCUGUCGUUCAGCUUCAACAACAACCUGACCACCACCCUGCUGGACAACGUCUCACUAGAUCUGACCACCAGACGAUUCCAAGUUUCUGCAGACAGGGGCUUUGUACUCCUGGCUUACAAUAUUAAACCGGGAUAUGCUAGAUCUUAGGCCACCGCUGAAGGAGAAGGCUGAGUUGCAGUACGCUUCCUGGGGACCUCAGGGGAACCAGCUGGCGUUUGUGUUUGACGGUGACAUCUACUACAAAACGGGUGUGACCAGCCAAGCCCUGCGUCUCACGUUCACUGGCGACGAGCACAGGGUGGUGAACGGGCUCUCAGAUUGGAUUUACGAGGAGGAGGUGCUUUUGUCUUACUCUGCUCAUUGGUGGUCCACGGAUGGCGCCCGGAUGGCGUACCUCAGGAUCAACAACUCUGCAACACCCCUUGUGGAAAUACCUCAAUUUUUGGGAGGCCUGUACCCCUCCAAUGUGAUCUUCCCUUACCCCAAGGCCGGCUCCAAAAUCCCAUCAGUCAGCCUGUUUGUCGUGAACCUGUAUGGACCAACCCACACGUUGGAGAUGAUGCCCCCGGACUCAGUCAGAGCCAGUGAAGGAUACAUCUCCAUGGUGACUUGGACCAGCAGCACCCGCCUGGCGGUUCGUUGGCUGAACCGUGCCCAGAACCAAUCGAUACUUUGCGUGUGCGAGGCCACCACUGGUGCAUGCUUCGAGAAACACAAGAUGACAGUGGAUGUUAUGCACAGCCAAUUGCAGGAUGUGCCACUAUUUUCCGAUGAUGGCGCCAUGUUCUACGCCAUCCUGCCAGCCAAGCAGGGCGCCCGCGGAGAGUUCAGACAUAUUGCUGCUCUGUCAGCCCAGCCCACCAUUCCCUCCAUCCCUCCUCGCUUUUUGACAUCUGGAAGCUGGGACGUCAUCUCCCUUUGCGCGCUGGAUAAGAACGCUGGAAAGAUCUACUUCCUCAGUACAGAAGAAUCGAGACAAGGAAGGCACCUCUACAGCGUGGAUGUGGAUGGAGCAUUUCAGCGCCACUGUGUCACCUGUAACCUCUUCGAUCAAUGCCACUUCUUUCAAGCUGAUUUCAGUCCCAAUUGCACGUACUUCACUCUCCGUUGCCUGGGUCCAGGAGUUCCAAAAGUGACAGUCCACAACAUAGAAGACCCCUCCAGAUACGUUGUCUUAGAGGACAACGGUCCCCUCUCCAAAGCCCUGGAAGUCAAGCGUCUCCCCAACACUCUGUUCAUGACCAUUUCAGCUGGCAACCAUGAUGUGCACGUGAAAUUAUCUUUACCACAAGGUUACGAGGCUAACCUACACCCUCUGCUCAUCCUAGUAGACAGUUUUCCCGGUAGUCAGUCGGUAACAGACGAGUUUGCACUUGACUGGCCUCAGGUCCUCUGCAGCUCACACAACGUAGCGUUGGUUUGGGUGGACGGUCAGAGUGGGGUCGCCCGUGGACAGAAGACCGGCGCCACAGACACACGCAAGCUUGGUUCACUUCAAGUCAAAGAUCAUUUGGAAGUUGUAGAGUUGUUGAUGAAGCUGCCGUACAUUGACGAUCGCCGCAUGGCUCUUUAUGGCAAGGCAUUUGGCGGACACCUAACUCUCAAAAUGUUAACUGCAACAGAGAAGUUCUUUCAAUGCUCAGCUGCGGUGGCACCAAUCACGGACUUUAGGCUUUAUAACGCUGCAUUCUCCGAGCGGUACCUUGGCCUUCCAACAAAGGAGGAGCAUGUUUACUUGACUACCUCCCUGCUGGAGGAGGUCAGCAAACUGAAGGAUGAGAACUUUCUUCUUCUACAUGGAACUGCAGAUGCGAAGGUACAUUUCCAGCACAGCGCGGAGCUACUGAGCCGCCUGGUGAGGGUGGAGGCCAACUACACUUUGCAGCUCUACCCGGAUGAGGGCCACAUGUGGGAACCGCGCAGCAUCCAUCACUUCCAGCGCACGGUAGUCAACUACCUUCAUAACUGCUUCAAGCACAGGGUCUUCAGAGAUACAGUUGAUGAUGAAGAGGAGGAUGACGAAUGAGUCCAGAGCUUUCUGUUCUCGCCUCUGGAAGGACUAUUGUGGGUCUAUAUGCCUUGGUGGUGAUUGUGGUGUUCAGGACUGUGGACCAAAAACUAUCAGCCAAGCAAACCAGCUCCUGCAACUUCUGGAAAAUGGACAAAUUCAACACCCUAUUGCACACAAUUGUUACUGCUGUUUACUGUCUGGCUGAGACCCCGUUUGUUUACAGUGGGUGAAGAAAGUGAACACACCCUUGUAUUUGUUUUUUUAACCUUUUGACCAAAUCUCACAGAAAACAUCAUCAGCAUUUAAAAACACGGGAAAUUGUGUUAUGUAUUUCUGGCACACCCAAAAAAAAAAAAAAAGUCGCUUUCACAUUAUAACGUGAUAUAUUUCACGUUAUAACAUGUUUCACAUUGUAAUGUGGUUAAUUACAUGUUGUUACGUGAAUCAUUUCAUGUUAUAACAAAAUUCAUUUCACAUUAUAACAUGAAACAUUUCAUGUUAUAAUGUGAAAUGGACCACGUUAUAACACGUAAUUUAUCACAUUGUAACAUGAAACAUAUCACGGUAAAACCUAAUAAGUUCGACGUUACAACCUGAGAAGUUUGGCGUCAACUUCUUGCAACCCAGUGGUCACUCACAUCCUUCCAAGGUGGCAUACAGGAAGCCACAGCUGGAAGUGGACUCUCAUUGAGUGUUGCACAAAACAUGGAUUUGGUGAGCUUUUUACGGAGUCAUGGUGUAACCGAAGAUUGUCUCUUAUGCAUGGAGCAAGAACAUGUGGUAAUCUAAUCGAACAUGUAGUAGGGUCGGGGGCAGGGUGAAGAGGGGUGACAUUUUUUUAUUUUCUACGUUAUAACGUGAAAGGAAUCACAUUAUAAUGGAGCACCUAUCAUGUUAUAACAAUAAAGUUUCACACUAUAACAUGAAUUGAAUUGUUAUAAUCUGAAACUUUUCAUGUUAUAACAUGAAAUGAUUCACAAUAUAAUGUGUAAUUAACCACUUUAUAACGUGAAACAUAUGUUGUAAGAUGAAACAUCCACAUUAUAACGUGAAACAUAUCACGUUAUAAUGUGAUAGUGACAUUUAUUUAUUUUUUUUAAGGUGUGGCAGCAUUACACUUCAGUACUGGCACGCUUAUUUGGGGAAAAAACAAAAACUGUGCAUCAUAAGAAAAACCCCAUUUCUGUGGUGGUCGGAUUAUUAUUUUUUUUUUUAAGAUGGAACUUGAGCUUCAGUCAAGGUAGAGGGACUUACGAGCAAUUCCAAAUAGCAUUCAAUUUUGGGCCAAAUGCUUCUGAUGUCUGGCAGAAAGCUGAAGCAAACAUUUAAAAUUCUGUGGGUGACAUGAAGGGGGCUGUGCCCUCGGCAUCUGUCACAGUCACGGUGAUUUUGCCUGAAAGUGUGCAAAUAUUACCAAGUCAAGACGUGCCGUGCUGAUAUUCUUCUGUCUAAAUAGUCUUAUUGUACUGUACAUGUUUUAUAUUCUCUGCCUAGCAGACUUUCUAUAUCCAAUGAACAGUAUAUGUGAGAUGAUGUAGGCUGAUAAUUGUGCCAAAUGUUUCCAGGUUUUAAAGUCUAGCUAAAGGCUGCAUGAUGUAAAGUAGGUUGCAUUUUCUGUGUUUUGUUAUCAUGGUUCAAAAUGAAAUAUAAAAGAUCGGAAUUAACAAAAAAAAAAAAAAAAAAAAAGAAUUUGAGCAUCGUUCUGCACAGUGUGAACAAAGCCUUUCAUGCUGAGAAACAGACUUUCUAGGUUUCAUAUUUAGAAUGCUGCACGGUUAAACUCUAAAAUGAAGCUCACACUUACUGUUAAAUUGAGACAGUUUACUUACAGGUUGGGUGGAAAGAGUUUCACAUUCCUCUUGAGUUAUUGUGACAGCUAUUUCUUUUUACACCAUUUAAAUAGCACAGAAUAUACAGUAUGUGCCAAAAUAUAUCUGAUGGACUGCUUUGACUGGGUUAAUAUAUUUAAAGAGGCAGCUGUAAUGUAGAUGAAUUAAACACCAAGCACUGACUCAAAGACUAUAGUGGAGGCAGAUCAAAUUCAUGUAGUUAAUGCAUGAGACAUAACUGAAUUCAGAAACGGAAUUCACCGGCCAAAGACAGUGGUUCAGUCCAUGGAUCUAAGCCAUUGCAUGUCCCG